AUGGCCGGACCACGCUCCGACGACAGCAAAGAAUGUGACCUUGAUUUGAUCGCUGCGGAGGAGACGGGUGAUAUCUCUUCAAGACCGCCCAAUUUGCUGGGCUCAGGCACAGCAGCUCGUCCUAUAAGCCCUUUCCCUCAUCCGCUGUCGCAGGUGAACAAGACUCCCUCGCCCUUAACAUCCUCACGUCUCCCUGCCAAUGGGGACGCAGGCGAGACCAGUGCCACCGUUGAGAGGGUUGACUUUUACAACUCCGAAAACGUCGGCCAGAAGGAUGACAGCCCACUGGACUGGUAUGUCGAGGGGCCGGGUAGGCGAGUGGGCUACGACGACCUCACUGCUAUCGAUUGGAUUUAUGAGUAUACAAAAGAGCGACAACGACUGAGAAAGUUUCUGGCACAUCAUACGGGCCUCGUUGGAAAUCUCAGGCUGUUACUCGACGCCAGUCACGUUUGGUUCGUGCUCGUUGCGAGCGGAAUCUCCGUGGGGUGCGUAGCAGCUUUCAUCAACAUCGCCUCAGACUGGCUGGGCGAUAUCAAGACAGGCUAUUGCAAGAAAGGAGUCGGCGGUGGAGACUUCUACCUGAACAAGCAGUUCUGUUGCUGGGGUCACGAUGAAUUUGCUCAAUGUCAAGAUUGGACCCCGUGGCCUGCGGCCUUGGGUAUCAGAGCCAGGGCCGGUCAGUUCGUGAUGGGCUAUAUCUUCUUCAUUGUCUUUUCUAUACUGUUUGCGUUUUCAGCGGCGACACUCGUUAAACAUUACUCGAUAUAUGCUCAACACAGCGGUAUAGCCGAAAUCAAGACCCUCCUGGGUGGGUUCGUCAUCAGAAGAUUUCUCGGCACAUGGACUCUGAUCACGAAGUCUUUUGGCUUAAUCCUCGCCGUCUCUUCGGGCAUGUGGCUUGGUAAAGAAGGCCCCUUCGUCCAUCUGGCUUGCUGCUGUGCCAAUAUCAUCAUGAAGCCAUUCGAAUCAUUGAGCCAGAACGAAGCUCGAAAGCGAGAAGUGCUAUCCGCCGCAGCUGCGUCUGGUAUCUCAGUUGCCUUUGGUGCACCAAUUGGUGGUGUCCUGUUCUCGCUCGAGCAAUUGGCCUACUACUUCCCGGACAAGACUAUGUGGCAAUCGUUUGUUUGUGCGAUGGUGGCAGCAGUGACACUACAAGCUUUGAAUCCUUUCCAUACUGGGAAAAUUGUCCUCUACCAAGUCACCUACACGACGGGGUGGCACAGCUUUGAACUUGCGCCGUUCAUUCUCCUUGGCAUUAUCGGCGGAAUAUAUGGUGGAAUGUUCAUCAAACUGAACAUGUUGGUGGCACGAGUGCGUAGGUCUGCAAGCUAUCCGUUUCGCAACAGGCCACUGCUGGAAAUCCUGGUUGUUUCCGCCAUCUCUGCAGUCAUCAACUAUCCGAACCUCUUCAUGCGGGCCCAAUUGUCUGAGUUGGUGUAUUAUCUGUUUGCAGAGUGUGCCACCAUUGGGAACAACGACAUCUUUGGCCUCUGUCGUGCCACAACUGCCGGAGCUCUGUCCAUGGCAUGGCUUUUGGUUGCUGCUUCAUUGCUGGGUUUCUUGCUGGCGAGCAUUACCUUUGGCCUGCAAAUUCCGGCCGGGAUCAUCCUCCCUUCUCUGGCAAUUGGCGCACUCUAUGGCAGAACACUUGGUGUGGUUGUUGAGCUGAUACAUAAACAUUUCUCAACAUCCUUGUUGUUCGCUGCUUGCGAACCUGAUGUGCCCUGUGUUACUCCGGGCACGUACGCUAUCGUUGGCGCUGCUUCAGCACUGGCUGGGGUUACAAGAAUGACCGUGUCCAUCGUCGUUAUCAUGUUUGAACUAACCGGCGCCCUGACUUACGUCUUGCCAAUCAUGAUUGCGGUCAUGCUUGCAAAAUGGAUAGGAGAUGUCUUCUCCACGCGAGGCAUCUAUGAGUCUUGGAUUCAAUUCAACGAAUACCCAUAUCUCGAAAACAAGGACGACGCAACCAUGCCUCAUGUCCUCGUUUCCAGUCUCAUGACCAGGGUGGAGGAAAUGAGGUGCCUAGAUGCCAACAGGUCUUAUACAGUCGAAAACUUACAAAACAUCCUGCGAACAACAUCUUAUCGCGGUUUCCCGGUGGUCGCGUUCAGGAAGCCAGUAGGCGAUGUCGCUGAAACAGGUUCAAACCGGCAAUAUCCGCGCGAGAACACUCUUCUAGGGUACAUCUCUCGCGUUGAACUGGCGUUCGCGCUGGAGCGGUUGACACAUCCUAGCAGUCACCAGUCCAGACCUGGAGCUGAAACGAUUGUUGAUUCAAGAACGCCCUGUUAUUUCACCUACCAUCCCGACAUUGCAUCAGGUUCUGGAAUCGACCUGCGGCCAUGGAUGGAUCAGACACCCAUCACGCUAAACGCGAACAGCUCACUUCAACUAGCGGUGCACAUGUUCCAGAAACUUGGGCUUCGAUACCUCCUUUUCGUUGAGCGUGGCGCUUUCAGAGGCAUGCUCACCAAAAAGGACGUUUGGUGGAUCUUGUCCGCAUCGGCAGACGGACGCAAGACUGGAGGGUUUGUUGCCGAUGCAGAAACCGUUCGAGACUCUGCUCUGGAGGACGAGGAAGAGUCCGAGGAAGCGAGAGGCCUUCUCCAGGCCAGCUCAGGGGAUCCAGAUCAAAGAAGGCCAACUUAA